ACUCAGCGCGCUUUUUACGCACACUGGAUAUUUGACUCCUCGGUCCUCGACACUAUGUCAAACGUCAGAAACCCACAUUAUUCUAUAGGAAGAGGCUGCGUGUCAUUCAUUUUGAGCUCUUGAGAGGGCCAGUCUGCUUCUCGUCGGGAAGACGAAAUGACCACCUCGUUAACGGUUGCAUUGGGGUUUGCUUAGACUUGCUGUAGCCUACACUUCUUAUUCUAGAUACUGUAGAUCUGUCAAAGAGGGAUUUAUAACUUCGGGAUUUACUUGAAACCCCUCGGUAUUUGCAGAUGUCUCUAUCAGGGAUGAAUCAAAAGGAGAUGAUGGCUUUAUCGUUCCUCUACGCGCUGUGCAUGUGGAUAACUUUAGUCUGUCCUUCGGUGGGAACUGGGUUUGUUUAUCACUUUCCAGGCAUCGCUGUGCAGCGGCAGCGCAUCAAAUCGGAACAGAGCGGCAGCACCGGACCACCUGGUACCGGCUCCCGUACCCAACUCAGGAACUGGUGUCAGUACACUGUUUCCAAAACAGUGUCCUGUCAAGUGCACAAUGGGACAGAAACCACGGUGCAGAGAGUGUUUCAGGGCUGCCGAUGGCCCGGACCUUGUUCCAAAGUCAUCAGCUACAGGACCCUCAUCAGGCCGUCCUUCAAGCUUACAUACAAGCAAGUCACAGCUCUGGAGUGGAGAUGUUGCCCAGGGUUUGUGGGAGAAGAGUGUCGGGAAGAGUGUAUGAACUGCACCAGCUUCACUGGCAUGAACAGCAGAAUAAAUGCAAUUGAAUCAAAGAUCAGGCUGUUAGAAGAGGGACGUGCCUCACUGCCGACAGUCAGCAGUUUACCAGAGGGCUCAACGGACAACGAGGUGGACACACCUCAGCCCACUCCUAUUGGACCGCCGUCAUACCUGCCGCCAGGAGUACCAGGAGCUGUUGGGCCUCCAGGGCCUGCUGGAUCUCCAGGGCUUCCAGGUUCUGCUGGACCACCAGGUCCGGCUGGAAGACCAGGCCUUCCUGGGCCCAUCGGAUCAAAGGGGGACAGAGGUUUACCUGGAGAAUUAGGUCUACCCGGCCCUCCUGGUCCCCCGGGUCCUCCAGGGUCGGGCUUCUUCCCGGUCCGAGCACGGGGUGAUGCCUUUCAAGUUGACAAACAAGAGGAGACAAAUCUCGCUGCUCCUCAGAUUGUAGUCGGGCCUCCUGGUCCAACCGGUCCUUCUGGCCCCUCAGGCCCUGCAGGGCCGAGAGGACCUGAAGGGAUUCCUGGCCUGCCGGGACAAGACGGCAAGGAAGGCCUCCAAGGCAAGCCUGGGGAUCCUGGGCCUAAAGGAGAUCCAGGGGAAAGGGGGUUUCCAGGUGCAACAGGCGAGCAGGGCCUACCUGGAGCACCAGGGCCAAAAGGAGAGCCAGGAGAAGGCUUGAAUGAGGGAGAGGCCGUGCAGCAGCUCAGAGAGGCCCUGAAGAUCCUGGCUGAGAGGGUCCUGAUCCUGGAGCACAUGAUCGGCAUUCAUGACAACUCUGAAGGAUCUGGUUUUGGCAGCAUUUUGGACCCGCUGUCUUUCUCCGCUGUAAAGACCAAACGCCUCCAGCCUGUUCAAACCCCUCCUCAAACUCCAGCACUGAAGGAGAGACAAAGACAAGCUCCGCUUUAAGUGUAUAGUCUAAUCUUGUAUUUUGUGUUCAUAUUUGUGAUGGGUGUUGCGCUUUUUGUUCAUAUAAUUUCUCCUCAUGCCUUUAUUUUUUUUUUCUAAUUGUCUUUUUUUAUCAUAAAUGAGUACUGUUGUAAAAAAUGAAGCUCUUUGCAGACAUGAGAUGUUGAGCAUUUCAUCCACAUGAAAGGCUUUUUUGAGCCUUUUUCACCCUGUUGCUGCAUAAUCUUGGUCUACAUAACCUUAGCAGCAGCAUUUACACAGUGUUGUACAAUGAAAUAUAAUCUCAUAAAGUGUUAUGAGGGUUUUGGCGUCUUUCUUCUCUCAGAUAAAAGACUGCCUAGUAAACACAUCAGUUUCCUUGGCUGAUGUUGCAAAGCUCAGAGUUCCUGAGAGCUGGACCUAAAAUGUACUAUUUAGUGUCUAACAGAUUCUUGGAACGACCUCGAGGUUCAUCUUGUGUUAGCCUGUCAAACAUAUUUCUUCCUCUCUCUUUCUGUCUUUCUCGCUGUGCUCUGCCUUGUUAAAGCUGAGGUAAGACAUGACAAGCUGCCAAGAAUAUCUGCUUAAAAUAAAGUUAGAUGAAAUGAAUCGCAUCUGGAGAACACCCAUCUGGAAAGCAAAAGGAAGAGAUGCUGAAACAGUUGAGUUUUGGCCUGGAAACCGCAAACCCUGCACGGCUCCAGUACACCUUCUCGCGACUGGCUGACGGAGCACUAAACCUGGCAGGAUUACAUUGACUUACACCAUAAACUGCCUCUGAGAUUUGCUUUAAAACUGAUAUGAUUAUUGUACAAUAAGUCUCAGAGAAACCAAGCCUGUUGGUCUCAGAGUAAAGCUCUGGCUACGGCUGGUGCAAUCUUUGUUUACUCGAUUACAAGGGUCAUCUGUUAAAGGAAUUGUUCAGCAUUUAUACACUUAUUCACUCUCUUGUCAAGAGUUAGAUGGGCAGAUUGAUAAUACUCUUUUCUGUUAAUAUGAAGCUACAGCUGGAAGCUUGUCACGUUAGCUUAGCAUAAAGACUGAAAACAGGGGGAAACAGUUAGCCUAGCUCUGUAACAAAAUCCUCCUACAAACACCACCAUCCUCAUGGUGACAACAAUGCUCUGUUCAGGCAAGGUCAUUCAAAAUAAUGAGCAGCCGAUUGGGAAAACCGUUCAUGUUAGCCUCUGAGUCACUGUAGCUCAGAGUUGGAGAUUUUAGGAAUUUCUGAAAGUGAUGAUGAAGAUGAUGAUGACGAUGAUGAUGAUACAUCUAAAUAAAAUCCAAUUUUAACACCAGUAAAACUAAAUCAUCUCAUUUAAAAGCUGCUAUACGUUAUUGUUGUAUAUAGUUUCUCGUCAAGUUGCUGCAACUGUGUAACAUGACAAAAGUAGCUAAUUUAGGAUACUUAUCCAGUGCGACAACAAAGUCAGAUAAUUACCCUUACUCUUGUCUGUUCUGCCGACAUUGCUUGAAUGCCGACAAAUUAAACAAACAACCUAUAGCAAGUUACUUUCGGACAGAGCCAGUCUAGCUCUUCCCCCUGUUUCCUGUAAUUGUGCUAAGCUAAGUUGACUGACUGACUGUAUGUAGCUUCAUAUUGAACAUAUGGUCAUAUAAGUGGUGUUGAUAUUCUCAUGUGUCUCUUGGAAAGAAAGCAAAUAAUUCUGUUGUAAUUCUGUUCUCCAGUCUCUGAUUGGUUAUCUUAUGUUAUAGACAGCAGUCUACUGAUGUAGGCCUGCCUUUUAAAUACAACUGUUUUGUUGUGUCUUGUGCAUGUUUCAUUAUCUUUUAUACUUAACAGCGUUCCGGUGUGCUGUGUUGUUCAGUUUGCAAAACAAUGUACUCAGCAGAUAUUUAUCUGUGUUGACUGUUCAAGUAAGAUUAAAGUCACAACA